CUCCGUGUCCCGUGCGCGUCCCCGCGCCUGCCGCGCGUGCCCGGCCCCGCCGGCGUCCCCGCCCGUCCGGGGCGGGCCCGGCCGUGACGCGCUCCCGGUUCCUGCGGCGGCGCGAUGCCGGGGGAGGCGGUCACGCUGCAGCUCGGCCACUUCUCGGGCUGCGUGGGCGCGCACUGGUGGGGGCUGCAGGCCGCCGCGCUGCGCGGCCCCGCCGAGCCCGCCGAGCUCCGCGCGGCCGCGCUGCUCCGCUUCGGGCGGGGCCCCGCCGGCCCCGAGACCCCCUCGCCGCGGCUGGUGGCGCUGGAGCUGAAAGGCGGCGUGGGCGCGCUCGGAGCGGACGGGGCGGGCACGGAGCCGCCGGUGAGCUGGGACGGGGCCGUGGCCGAUUACCGGGAGCGGGGCCGCGCGUCGCGGGACACCGGGAGCCGCAGGGGAGACGCCGCCGGGGACGCGAAGGGGGAUCCCGGCGCUGCGGGGCCAGGUGCAGCUCCUGGGGGGUCCCAGGAUGCUCCCUCAGUGAGGCUCUGGUCUGAUUACCUCAACGUGCACCUGCACCCCAAGAGUGUCUACGUGAUCCGGCAGUACCUGCACGAUGGGGAUUGUGGUUGUCUCGAAGCCUUUGGGCAAGGUGAAAGCCUCCUGCAGGACCCUGCCUGUGUGGAGGAGCUGGAAGAUCGGCUGCACUUCUAUGUUGAGGAGUGUGAUUAUCUUCAGGGGUUUCAGGUCCUUUGUGACCUUCACAAUGGAUUCUCUGGAGUGGGUGCCAAGGUGACAGAGCUGCUCCACGAUGAGUAUUCACGGAAAGGGAUCCUGACCUGGGGCCUGACUCCAGUCCUGAGUGCUGUGGGAGACCCUCAGAAGAGUUUUUACAGACUGAUGAACACGGCCCUGGGCAUUGCCCACCUCUCCCGUCACAGCUCCCUCUUCUGCCCCCUGUCACUCAGUGGGAGUCUGGGACUCAAGCCAGAACCUCCUGUGACAUUUCCAUACAUAAAAUACAACGCAUCCCUGAACUACCACAGCAGUGCAAUUUUGGCAGCAGCACUCGACACCCUCACGGCUCCCUACAGGCUCUGCUCCUCCCAGGGCUCCAUGCUGCACUUCGCUGACUCCCUCACCUUCUCUGGGAGGAAGGUUGUGGCUGCACGGGCAGCUCUUCCCUUCCCUGCCUUGUCUGGCUCCUCGCUCCCUGAUGCUCUAAGUGCCCACCAGGAAGUGCCCUGGAAGCUUCUGUCCUCGUGGAAGGAGCAAAAGGUCAGCAGCUGUUUUGCUCAGUCUGUUGUGCUGCGAGGAAUGUGCCAAGAGAAAGCCACCAGGUAAAUCAGCAGCAGAACUGCACUUGCUGCAGGAUUCCUCACUGGGGGCAUCCACGCUCCCUCCACUGAGGAGCAGUCUAGUGAGCGAGUGCUACUGAUUUUAGAGCAAAACAGCUCAAAAGCAGCUGAGGCAGUGAUGGUUUCAGGCUGGAAACCCCUGAAUUUCCUUUGCAGCAGCUGUCUGGGCCUGCCCAGGUCCCCCCUGCACGGCUGUGAGAGCCCUGAGCAGGUGCUCCAGCAGUACUGCCACACGCUGUUCCCAGGAGCCUUCAGCACAGCCCACGUGCUCCAGCAGCCCUGUCACACCCGGCCUCCCUUCCCCCAGUUCUUCUCUCCUCUCCUGACCAGACGAGGCUUCCUCCUGGACAGAGCUCAGGGCUUUUCCUCAGCAGGUGUGGAGAGCAUUCCUGUGCUGGCAGCCCUGCAGAGCUGCCCUGGCCUGCACUGGCUGCUCUCGGGGCUGUGCCGGGAGCUGCGGGCGCGGCGCUGGAGCAGCUUCUGCACGGCUGGGCUGGAGCAGGACGACUUCCAGGAGGCCCUGGAGGAGAUCACGACCCUGGCCCAGUGCUAUGAGACAGGGUUUGGAGCUGAUGGAUCUGAGGAUGAAGCAGAUUCCGACUAAUCUGGAGUGGGAGUGGCUUUAAGGUGACUCCCAGAAUAAAGGGUAUGGUUUUGGA